AUGUCUGAUAAUACUCACAGUACAACACAUCCAUUUUUUAUUCGUUCGGGAUUUUCACCGUUCGUCAUACUACCAACAGACUUCACAUUUAGUCAAACAUUCACUGGCCAAGAUGAAAAAGCAGACAAAAAUCAAACGUAUGUUAAUGACAACAAAAAUAAUAAUCUCAAAGACAAACACGAUCAAACAGAAAUAUUUGAUGAUAGUGGAAACAAUGAUAAUAAUACUGAUACAAUAACAAACGAUGCGAAUAUUGAUAUUGGUAUAUCAAAUGAUGAUGAAAUAGAAUCACUGAUUGAAAAUAAUGAUCUUCGUAUAAAUCAACCAAAAUAUGAACAAUUAUUAAAAGAUCUUGAUUUCAGCAAGAGUCGAAUGGUAGACGUUACCGAUAUGUUAAAUGGCGAAACACAGCCAAAUACUAGUUAUUACACACCAAAUGAAGAAGAAACUCAACAAUCAUCCACGUCUGAUUCCACAUCAUCUUCAACACCACCAGCACCCCAGGCAGCACACGAUAAUGAACAAAAAUCUAAUUUUUCUUCUCCAAAUUUAAUUGAUGAUAUCAUUGAGGAUGUUCAAGAUCACGAUGACGACGAAAAUCAUGUACAUGAUGAUAAUUUUCAGAAUGAUUUGGAUCGUUUAGCAGCUAUUAUUCAAGAAGCAUCACAAAAUGAACUAGAAAAUCACGAACAACCACAUCAGGAUUAUAACGUUUAUUCGUCAAAAGAAUUCACGACGACAGAUUACGACAAAGAACCUGAGAAACACGAAAAAAAACAGAUACUGGAUGAAGAUGAUGAUACUUCGAAACAAGCCACAUCAAAUUAUGAUUUGAUAGACAAUGAGCAUCUACAUACACAACAGGAUGUGCCAUCAAAAUCAAGUAAAAUACCUCGUUCAACACGGCUUAGCAACCAAUCUGAAUAUAUAUCAUUAAGAAAAGAACCGAUUCCACGUUAUACUAAUCGAGAAAAACACACACUUCGAACUCCACCACAUUCAUCGUUAAUGUCGGAUGGUACAACAAAAUCGCUUAACAAUGAUAUACAGCCAAAUAAUCAACAAUCUUUCUCCAUUAAUAAUACAAUUUUUUCUCCUCACAAUCAACAAAAUCCGCCACAUGUAUCCUCGUUAACUCUAACACCAUCCACUUCAUCAUCGAAAAUUAAUCCUUCUAAUAAUUUAAAUGAGAAUGUUAAGAAUGUUAUUGACAAUCAAGAACAUACAAUAAACUGGGAUAAUUUAAUUAACGGCAGUGUUGAUGAAUCAAUAAAACCUGUUGUACUUGUUUUUCCUGAUACAUUCCCACAGCCGACUCGUCGUCAAUCAGGCGAAACGAAACCACAAUCAAAUAAUAGUUCCUCUCCAAAAAAGCAUCAACAAUAUAAAAAGAAACCAAAUACAAAUUAUCAGCAUUUCUUUUCAUCAGAUGAAGAACAACCUUAUUAUAUCCCGAGACGACCGGUGAAAAAAUCAAAUUCAACAGAAAAAGUUCCACCACGUUUAUCUCCUUCAUCGUCUACCUCAUCAUCUGAUACCGAGUCAAUAGCCACAGAAAAUCUUGACCAGCAGCAACAACAACAACAACAGCAAAAAACUAAUCGACCAGUUAGAACAGAGACAAACGUCAAAAGGCAGGACAGUCAAGCAACAUUGAUUGAUGAAAAUUUAGACGAACUUAGCAGUCAAAUAAAAACAAAUAAAUUGAACGAUGAACAAGGAAAUGUUCAUCAUGAAACAAAGAAUAGUUUAAAACAAACGUCGAUUAAGAAUGAGAAAACAAAUGAUGAAAAAGAUAAGCAAUCAAUAUUUGGUCCGAGUGAUCGCGUAUAUACGACAGCAAGUGAUAUAUUAUUAAGACGUUUAUCAAAUCAAAAUGUUGAAAAACAACAAAAUCAUAAUGAAACAUCUAAUCGUCAUUAUUCAUCUUCUGAUCGUCAUACUACCAUACCAAAUCGUUUAUCAAAUAAUAUUAAUAAAGAUACGCCUACAUCUACUAUUACAACAAAAACAUCGAAUUCAUCGAAAUUAACAAAUGAUAACAAUCAUUAUUCAUCAUCAUCAAAAAGUAAUGAUCAACAACCGACAUCUAGGAAAAUGGAGGACACAUGGCUAAUAAUGUUAGAAAAACUCGAACGAGAACAUAAAGAACGAUUAGAACGUCAACAAGCUGAAUAUGAAGAAUAUAUGCGUAGUCUAGAGGAGAAUAUGAAAAAACGUUUUGAUAAUUAUGUUAUAAAUUCAACAGUGAAUUCUUCAAAUUUUGAUGAUAAUCGAUCAUCCAAUUCGUCAACAUUAAGACAAAUGCGACAUUUAUCACCUUACAAAUUAAAUACUAAUAAUUCGUCCUUCUCAUCUUAUCACAACAGAUUAAAUAUGGCUAUUGAUCGUGCCUUAAAACAUCGACAUUUCAAACAGCCAUCAUCUACCGGUGAAAAUUUAUCAAAUGAUUUAUUAUCUCAUUAUUAUCCAGCGGAUUCAACUCUAAAUGUAAUAGCAUCAACAAGUUCUUUUUCGAAUCCAGCUGAUACACAUAAUCGUACGGGAUUAUCACGAUCACAAUCGAAAGAAGAUUUAAUCAAUGUAAAAGCUGAAAUACAUGCCAAACAUAGUAAACAUGUGGCAGAUUUAAAAACAUACUAUGAACAUGAAAUUGAUGAAUUAAGACAUGAACUAGAAAAAUAUCGUUUACAACUGACAAAAAUGGGAUUAAAACCGUCAAAUAUUAAUGGAUUAAUAAAUACACCUGUUACCACAUCGAAAACAACACAACAAGCUUAUGAAACAAUCGAUCGAAUUAAUAAAGAAAAUAUUCAUUUACGCCAUGAAAUCAAUGAAUGUAAAGAGACAAUGAAACAGAUUGAAGAUCAACAUGAAAGUCGUUUGACAUUGCUAGGACGUCAGAUACAAGAAUUACAUCAAAAUAUUAGUGAAAAAGAUCGAACUCUUGAAAAUUACCAUAGAACAAUAUCUCAGUUAGAACAACAAUUAACACAAGUCGAAAAUAUUAAAGAACGUCAAGAUGAAAAGAAUCGUUCGAACGACAGAAGUUUAUUUCUUUAUCAAGAAGAAAAUGAAAAACUGAAAACUGAUUUAAAUUUGACAAAAGAACGUUUAAUGCGUAUGGAAGAAAAAUAUUGUGAACAAGAAGAUGAAAAUGAAAAAAUGACUCGUCAAAUAUUUUUGAUGGAUGGCGAUUUAAAACGUUUAGAACAAGAUAAUAUUCGAUUAAAAAAUCGUGCGAAUUUAUCAGAUAUAUUUACAAGUAUGACAGAUGAUGGUAAAUUAAAUCAAGCCACACGAGGAAUACCAUCUUCUCGUGAUUAUGGACGAUUUACAACAAUAAAAAAUAGUUCAUCAGCAUCAACAACGCCAAGAUUAAAUGAUAACGUUACAUCUGGACGUUAUUCAGCAAAUAAUUUUCUUCAUCCUAAUAACGGUGAUGAUCUAUUUCGUUCAAGAAAUCACACAACAUCACCGCGACCAAUUACAAAAAAUAAUGAUUAUUCGAAUAACAAUCCAUCACCACCCGUAAAUGAUAAACCUUCACAUCACGAUCACAUUCCAAAAAAUCAUUCACCACCAUCCAAAGCCUAUUCAAGUACAAAUUCAUCUCGUCGACAAAAAUCAAUAGAAAAAAAUGAUGUGGAAAAUCAAGUAAAACACGGUGAAUAUAUGGAAAAUCAAUUUGAUCAAUUAAUGAGAAAAAAACGUGAAUUAGAAUCUCGAUUAAAUCGUGUACCAACACGUGGAUUAACAACAAAUGAUAGACAAUUAUUAGAUUAUCUUGAAAAAGAAUUAUCCACUGUUGAACAACAAAUAUCAUCUGUUAAACUAGAAUUAAGAAAAAUGCAUAUAUUAAAAACUGCUACACAUUAA